CGUGCCAAGACGGCCAGCACAGAAAAGAAGUUCCAGUGUGAUGUCUGCAAGCUCAUGUUUAGCCGUCGAUACAAUCUCGGCACGCAUAUCAAGACUCACAACAAGCAGCGCGAAAAGGAAUACAUGUGCUCGAUAUGCCUCAAGGGAUUCGAUCGCAAGCACGACCGGGACCGCCACGUUUCCACUGUCCAU